GGCGGGCGGCGUCCCCUCCCUUUCCCUCCGCCCGCUCCGCCCCCAGCUGAAGGUCAGCCGCGCUUUGUUCGCGCCGCGGCCUCCUCGCCGCCCUCCCGCGCGCACGUGGAGCUGGACGCCGCGCGGAGCGCUCGAACCCGACGAACGGGGCGGUGGGUCCUGUAGUGACGCGUCGUGAGCCCCCGCGGCGCGACGGGUGACGGGGAUAAAAGCAUUCAGAUGGCAGAUAACAGUUUUUCAGAUGGGGUUCCUGCAGAUUCUGUGGAAGCUGCUAAAAAUGCAAGUAACACAGAAAAGCUCACAGAUCAGGUGAUGCAAAAUCCACAAGUCCUGGCAGCUUUACAGGAACGACUUGACAAUGUCUCUCACACUCCUUCCAGCUAUAUUGAAACAUUACCCAAAGCAGUCAAGAGGAGAAUUAAUGCACUGAAGCAGCUUCAAGUUAGGUGUGCACACAUAGAAGCCAAGUUCUAUGAAGAGGUCCAUGACCUGGAGAGAAAGUAUGCAGCAUUGUACCAACCUCUGUUCGACAAGAGAAGAGAAUUCAUCACUGGUGAUGUGGAGCCAACAGAUGCAGAAUCAGAGUGGCACAGUGAAAAUGAAGAGGAGGAGAAGUUGGCUGGAGACAUGAAAAAUAAAGUAGUCAUAGCAGAAAAAGAAGCAGCAGCAGCUGAAGAGCUGAAUCCCAAAGGAAUCCCUGAGUUCUGGUUCACCAUUUUUAGAAACGUGGAUAUGCUCAGUGAGCUAGUGCAGGAAUAUGAUGAGCCAAUCUUGAAACAUCUGCAGGAUAUUAAAGUGAAAUUUUCAGACCCUGGACAGCCUAUGUCUUUUGUGUUAGAGUUCCACUUUGAACCCAAUGACUACUUUACCAAUCCAGUCCUGACAAAAACAUACAAGAUGAAGUCAGAGCCAGACAAGGCUGACCCCUUUUCCUUUGAAGGUCCUGAAAUUGUGGACUGUGAUGGGUGUACUAUUGACUGGAAGAAAGGAAAAAAUGUUACAGUAAAAACCAUCAAGAAAAAACAGAAGCAUAAGGGUCGGGGUACUGUUAGAACAAUUACUAAACAAGUGCCCAAUGAGUCAUUUUUCAACUUCUUCAACCCACUGAAAGCCUCUGGGGAUGGUGAAUCACUGGAUGAAGAUUCUGAAUUCACGUUAGCCUCAGAUUUUGAAAUUGGACACUUUUUCCGUGAGCGGAUAGUGCCGCGGGCUGUGCUCUACUUCACUGGGGAGGCCAUAGAGGAUGAUGACAAUGUAUGUGGCUCAGGGACACAGAGACGAGCUACCCCUUCAUGCUUCCCUCUGUGGUUUGAAGAAGGCGAGGAAGGAGAAGAGGAGGAAUUGGAAGGUGAUGAGGAGGCAGAAGAUGAGGACGAUGCUGAAAUUAACCCCAAGAAAGAGCCCAGCCAGCCAGCGGAAUGCAAGCAGCAGUGAGGAGUGGCCACCUCAGGGAUGGCUGUCAGGACCCAGCUGUGGCAGGGCCUCACGCCGUGCUGCAGCGCAACAUAUGGACAGUGCUUAUAAUGUCUAACACGUUUUCAAGUGCAUGAUUUUCACUUUCACUUUUCCUUUUUCCUUCUUUUAUUUUGCUUAACUUGUACAGUGGCAACAGAAAUGCAUUUCAGAAAUAGGAGGUUUAGUUCUAGCACCCUCUGUGGCCUUGGUGCCUGCAGCCCUGGACCUGCCUAGGCCCUGCCCUUUAGAAGGUCCAUACACCGCAUGGGUUAGGGGAGUCACUCCUGGAAAGGACAGAGAUCUGGGAGCUCCACUUCCAGGCUCCCGGAGCCUCUUCUGCAGACUGGCUGAGUCCCUCCCUUUGAUUCAAAGAAACUCCACUUUCCACUGCUGAUCCUACUGCUCAGAAGCUGCUUCAGCCAUUAUAUCCUAAUCAUCUCAGAAGAGCUGAGUAGAGUAAGGCUGCGUUUACUUAGAGCGUUUUUCCUUGUGUUUUAGUUUGCUAGGGGUUGGGUGGGUUGUGGCGCACACCUUCUCUGAGGCAGGAGCUGUAGUGAUACCCAUGUAUUUAUUUAUUCAUUGUGCUUGGAGGACUUUUAACUUAGUUGCUCGUCCUUACCAUUGAUGAAACCAUAUUGGUGACUUGACCAGGAGGAGGGUUUGCUGUCUCCUAGCAGGAGCAUGGCCUGUGCUGCUUCCUGCAGCCAGCUGCUAAGGGCGGGAGCUUGUUUUGUGACAUGCAGACCACAUGUUGCUGUGGGAAGGUCUUUGGGGGAGGGGAGGGGCUGCAGAUUACAGCUUGUCGGUCCAGAGUGUGAAUGUUACAUCUUGCUUUCUUGGUAACCCCCAUUUCUGGACUCCACCACUCAUCCUAUCCUAAGAGCCCUGGGUUUGGUGUGACUGGUUGGCGGCUGGUGUGUGGGGUUUUCGAGUAUGUGGCAGUGAUCUCUGGCCUGGGGACAGCUGUGUCCACACUGACCAGGCGUGUAGAGAGUGCUCAGCCUUACCUGAUAACACAUUUGUAACUGAAUACGGUGUUUUCAAUUUGUACAGAAUAGUUAGAAUAUUCUAUUAAAGUUGUGAAACAUGAA